CCGAUUUCGAGAUUAUCUGAAUAAAUUUCACGAAGUUACAACAUUCACAGCCACUAUAAUAAUAUUGCUGAAAUAAUGAGUUCUGUGGUGUGUUUGGUGCUCGCAAAUGGGCGUCGAUCGAUGGCCGCCCUCAGAGUUCCUGCAGUUUUGAAUACGGGUACGGUUCGAGAGAAAAACACCAUGCCAGUGGUCAAUACGGACAAACCAGAACAGGUGAAGUAUUCUCCUUUCGGAAGAAAACAAGCAAACUGGGGCGAAUGGACCGUCGCUCGGUUGGAUGACCUAUUGAACUGGGGACGCAAAGGUUCGAUCUGGCCAAUGACUUUCGGAUUGGCUUGCUGUGCCGUCGAAAUGAUGCACAUAGCGGGCCCCCGGUACGACAUGAAUCGUUUCGGUGUCACAUUUCGGGCUUCACCACGGCAGGCCGAUUGCAUGAUUGUAGCCGGAACAGUGACUAACAAAAUGGCUCCGGCCAUGCGCAAGGUAUACGACCAAAUGCCGGAACCCCGGUGGGUCAUAUCGAUGGGUAGUUGUGCCAAUGGUGGUGGCUAUUACCACUAUUCGUAUUCGGUCGUCAGAGGCUGCGAUCGUAUCAUCCCGGUGGAUAUUUUUGUUCCCGGUUGUCCACCGACAGCAGAAGCGCUACUGUACGGCGUUUUACAGCUGCAGAAAAAAAUCAAGCGAUCCAGAACUCUGCAGAUGUGGUAUAGGAAAUAGAAGAGUCAUUUACUUUCCUUACAUA